AGCAGGAGACAUUAUGAUUCGGAACAUCCAGCUGAGGCAUGCUGGGAAGUACACGUGCGCCGUGCAAACGAAGGUGGACAGUAUUUCCAUCGCCGUUGACUUGGUCGUCAGAGGUCCCCCGGGGCCUCCCACCAGCAUCCAAGUAGAAGAAAUCAGCGAUACCACAGCCUCUCUGUCCUGGAGGCUUGGUCCUGAUAAUCACAGUCCAAUUACGGCAUAUACAAUCCAGGCCAGGACACCAUUUUCCCUCGGGUGGCAGGCUGUCACCACAGAGGUGGUGGGGGGCAACCGGCUGACAGCUACAGUAAUAGACCUGAGCCCUUGGGUGGAGUAUGAGUUUCGAGUUCUGGCAAGCAACACCAUCGGGACAGGCGAGCCCAGCAAGCCAUCCAAACAAGCCAGGACGAAGGGGACCUCUCCGAAGGUCACAUCGGCUAAUGUGAGCGGAGGCGGUGGCAGUCGCUCCGAAUUAGUCAUCACAUGGGAGCCUGUUCCGGAGGAGCUGCAGAACGGCCCAGGGUUCGGCUAUGUAGUUGCUUUCCGACCCCACGGUGCAACGGGAUGGAUGCAGGCGGCCGUACCGUCGGCCGAGGCGUCCAGAUACGUCUUUAAAAACGAGAGCAUCCAGCCCUUCUCGCCUUUCCAUGUUAAGGUCGGGGUUUACAACAACGAGGGGGAAGGUCCCUUUGGACCCGUUACCACUAUCUACUCUGCUGAAGAAGAGCCUGGCCGCGCGCCCACCAGAGUUCGUGCCAAGAGCCUCUCCGCGUCCGAAAUUGAAGUUACGUGGAAAGCUCUGCCCUGGAAUGCCAGCAAGAAGAGAGUGCUGGGCUACGAGCUGAGGUACUGGAAUAGAAGUGAAAGGGAAGACACAGCCGGCGUGCAAAGGACAGUGGGAAAUCAAACCUCUACUAUUAUCCACGGGGUGAAAGGCAGCACCACUUAUUACAUCUCAGUGAGGGCGUAUAACACGGCUGGAACAGGGCCUCCCAGCGCUUCUGUCAAUGUUACCACUAAAAAACCACCACCCAGUCAGCCACCAGGUAAAGUCAUGUGGAGCACAUUAAACUCCAAGAUUAUAUUGAACUGGGAGCAGGUCAGAGCCCUGGAGAAUGAGUCAGAGGUCACUGGUUACAAAGUGCUCUACAAGAAGAACCGGCACAGCCGCCCCAGUGUCAUGGAAACCAAUACCACGUCCGUGGAGCUCGCCCUGCCCACUGAUGAGGAUUAUAUCGUCCAGAUAAAACCAUUUGGAGAGGGAGGGGAAGGCAGCAGUAGCAGGCAGAUCACCAUCCCAAGGAUACCAGGCCCCAACGCAGUCGGCUCAGCGUCCAAGGUCUCCACUUUGUCAGCGCUCAGCACAAUAGCACUGUCUUUCACAGCUCGGACAUCUUUAUGACAAACGGCUGCCAGCAGGCGUUGCUUCUGAUGCGGAGACAGCUCCUCAGCGGAAUGCACACACGGCCCCACUCUGGUGUGACUGGAUCCAUUCAUUUAGAUUUUAGAUGCUGAUGAUAAAAAAAAGUAAAAGAAAAAAUAUGAGAAAAAAAAAGUUGCCGUUGAGAUGUCAGGGAAGGAGUCCCCUUCAGCAGCCAGGCUAAGUAAAGAUAAUCGGCCCAUGUUGUGACUAUGUUGUUACCAAAGCAGCUUUCAUAAGGAAAAAGGUAAAAAGAAAAAAUGUCUUAUAUGCAUCUUUUUGUAUGACAUGUUGAGCUUUUAUAGAUUUUGUUUUUCUUUAUACAUUAUAAGUCAGUCUGGGCCCACGGGACGAGGACAGUUAGGCGUUAGGCGCACUUUUCCAAUCGGGAGCUUAAGAAUGUGAUUUGACAGUGAAUCUUUUGUCUACCACAGUGAGUUUAGACUUGUACCUUUGGUUGUAAAAGACCAGAGUAGUUUUCUCUGUUUUUUGUUUUUCAGGUUACACGUCUGCAUUUCUGUUCCUGCAAUAUCUCACUCAAAGGACUGCACUGACAUGUCGAGGGUUUGUCAUCAUCGCUUGUCUCAUGUGAAAAGAGGAUAAGCAUCUAAAUUCAUGUCUCCAGACAGACCAUGCUAAUGUUAGUCAGACAGCCUAAGUGUCCGGGAAGGUUUGUUUUCCCUUUUAUGUGUCGUGGAUCUACAGAAAAUGCAGCAAAAAAACAAUAUUUGUCUGUUUUGAUAAUGUCUAUGCGUUAGGAUGACAUAUAUUUGGCGCCAGUACUCUGGGGUAAGUUGAGGAAGUCAUCCCCAAAAAGUUGAAGAAGUCCUGAAAGCCACUAAUGCGUUGGCCACCAACCUUUUAACCAGAAAUAGCACCAUGUCGAUGGAGAGCGUCUCCCCCUUGGUUCCUCUACCUUAGCCGUGGAAGUGCACUAGUGGCCGCACGGACCCUCAUGGCCGCAUCAUGCUCCUCAUUCUCUUCGGUUAGCCCUGCGUCUAGAGCUAUUCUUUGCCUUCUGUGUGCCUCAUCAUAUGUUCAAAAUCCUCAGGUCCUUCAAGAGCCUUAACUUAUCAUAUGUAAAUCAAAAAACAUUUGAAGCAUAGACUUAUGAAGCAGCCACUGUGAUGUUUACAUGCUGCUGUGUCGAUAGAAUCUGUCCGUGGUCAGGCUUGGGUGGGAGGGGGUGUGUGGGGGGGGGCAUCCUUAAAUUGGUCUUAAUGGCGCUCUGCUGUUUCGCAUGGGAAGUUGAUGAUAUAUGAGGCCUGGAGCAUUUUUAUAGGUGUGUGUUCUUAAUAAAAAGACAAUGCUGCUGAUCUUUUUUCCUUUAUCCAUAAUGUCCUGAUGCCAUGUGGGACUGCUGUAGUAGUUUGUAGUACUUUGAAGGGAAGUGUACUGUAGGCUACUGGGUCUUGCUUGGAAUCAUGCAUCAAGAAGCGUGUAAUAUACUGUUUUGUACACUUCAAAUCAUUUAUAUAAAAGAACCUUUCUAAAGAGAUGAUUUACUUGGUUUUUAUGUAACAACUCUUGUUUCAUACAGUAGCUGUAACUGUUGCUCAGCAUGACUGUACUUUCCCUCUCUCCUCUGUCCAUCAUGCAAACCAACUGAAUGGCUUCGGGAACAUGCCAGGUCCAUAAAUCCGAUCUGUGUAUACUGUGUGUGCACCAUGAAACGGACCCAUAGUCAGCCCCGUGUCUUUGCUUCUGUCUCAGUCAGCCCCUCUCAGAUGCACUAGGCCUACUGUCCAUAUAUGCUCUUCAUGAGGGUCUCCUCUGUUGCUGUUUGUUGUUUAUACUGUGUUAAUAAAGAUUAUUGAUUUAUACAAACGACGCAGAGCUCUGCUGGUCCUUCUCAGCACAUGUACGUCUUGUGUAGCAUUCCAAAUACACUCAUUGGCCACUUUAUUAGGUACAGGCAAUAUUUCCAAAAUUUGGAUUUCAACAUCACUUCAAAGCAUCACUGGAAGAGUUGUCCAGAUUUCUGGCCACUUCUGGUUCAAGCUCCAAUAUCCCCCAAGCUUACAUUUCCCAUUAUUCAAUU